CAACCUACACCGCACCACACGCAAAGUCUGACCGCAAGUCGCGCCUAGAGGCUGUACUUACACGACCCGCGGCGCCGGCCCGACGACGACCACGCCGCGUCCUAGCUAGCCAGCUAGCCCCUGCGAUCCGACCAGCUCGACACACCCACUCACUCACGCCCGCCAUGCCCUCCCUCCCGUCCUACUCGCUCCCGUCGUACCCCAGCCCCCAUGCGGCCGUGCUGUCCGCGUUUGAAAAGGUCGAGGAGUUCCUGUUGAGGAGCUACCCCGUCAAGGAUGUGCCGUUGCGAUUGAGGCCGGCCAUGGUCUUCGUCGUCGCCGCAUGGCUCCUCCUGCUCGGCGUGUUAGGCUUUGCCCCGCUCCCGACGCUGCCGAUCAACGACAAGGCGCUGCACUUCUUCGGCCUCGGCUUUGCCACGUUCCUCAUCUACUUUGUGCUCGAGGUCCCAGAGGGCCCGCACAGGAGGAUAUGGUACAUCCGGCGCGCGCCGCUCAUCCUCACGCUCUUCUGCGGCUUCUUCGUCGGCGGCAUCAUCAGCGAGAUUGUGCAGAGCAUGCUGCCUUGGAAGACGUUCCAGCUCGGCGACAUCGCCGCCAACCUCCUCGGCUCGACGGCAUUCCUCUACCUCGCCCACCUGCUCGACAAGCGCAACCGCCGCCGAGCCGAGCUCGCACAGCUGUACCAGCCGCUUUCGGCGUCAGCGAGCGCGUCGUACCGCGACGCCCAGGGCCGGACGCACGCCUUCGCCCCCGCCGCGGCGGGUGCGGCCGCCGGCGCGGGCAUCGCGCUCACUGACGCCGAUGUCGAGGCAGCACACGAGUACGAGCACCGGACCAGCAACGUCUGGGACGACGAGGUCGACGACGCCGAGCUCGGCAACGACGUGUUUGCGCUCACUGACGGCGAGGAGGAGCGCGGAGAAGAUCUAGUUUAG